AUGGCGGCGAUCGGGUCUGCAACCGCCGGCUUCUCUUCUCUCUGUCCCUCCUCUUCUUCACCUCGCGCUCUCCCGGGAAGGAGGGUGCUGAAGACCCUCGCCAUGGCGCCCAAGAAGAAGGUGGAAAGCUCCCGCCUUUCUCCACUGCCGGUCGUUUUCGGAGACGGGGACUGACCCGCCAUGGUUUUUUCUUCCCUGCCUCUGGCCGAGUGCAGGUGAACAGGUUCGACGACGGCUGGGCAAAGCAGUGGUACGGGCAGGGGAUAUUCACGGAGGGUAGCGAGGAGGUAGCCGUGGACGUGUUCAAGAAGCUGGAGAAGAGGAAGGUCCUCAGCAACGUGGAGAAGGCGGGGCUUCUCUCCAAGGCCGAGGAGUUAGGGUUCACCCUCUCCUCCAUCGAGAAGCUGGGGGUCUUCUCCAAGGCCGAGGAGCUGGGCCUCCUCAGCCUCCUCGAGAAGGCGGCCAGCUUCUCUCCCUCCGCUCUGGCGUCGGUGUCCCUGCCCCUGUUCAUCGCCGCGGUGGGGGUGGUCGUGCUGAUCCCUGAUGACUCGGCAGCGCUCGUGGCCGUGCAGGCCGUGUUGGCGGCGGCACUGGCGGCCGGGGCGGCGGGAUCUUUCGUGGCAGCGGUGCUGCUUGGCGGGCUUCAAGAAUCGGACUGA